CCUCCUCCUUUUUCUGCGCGGUCGGCGGCUCGGGCAGCAGGGGCCGCUGUGAGGAGCUCCGCGCGCUCGCGCCGCCGCCGCCCUCGCUGCCUGAGCGCCUGGUGCUUCGAGCUCCGCGCCCCUCGCGAGGAAUUGUUAAAAGGGCUGGUACAUCUUGUGGAAAAUGGCCUUCAGCGAUCUUACAUCAAGGACUGUGCGUCUUUACGAUAACUGGAUCAAGGAUGCAGAUCCAAGAGUUGAAAAUUGGCUCCUCAUGUCCUCACCUUUGCCACAAACCAUCAUCCUGGCACUGUAUGUCUAUUUCGUCACAUCUCUGGGACCAAAGCUCAUGGAGAAUCGAAAGCCCUUUGAACUCAAGAAAACGAUGAUAACGUACAAUUUUUUAAUAGUACUCUUUUCUGUGUAUAUGUGUUAUGAGUUUGUGAUGUCUGGCUGGGGUACAGGUUAUUCAUUUCGAUGUGAACUUGUUGACUAUUCACGGUCACCCACAGCUAUGAGGAUGGUACGCACCUGCUGGCUUUAUUACUUCUCCAAGUUUAUUGAGCUGUUAGAUACUAUCUUUUUUGUUCUGCGUAAGAAAAAUAGUCAAGUGACUUUCCUUCAUGUCUUCCAUCAUACCAUCAUGCCAUGGACCUGGUGGUUUGGCGUAAAAUUUGCUCCAGGUGGUUUGGGGACAUUCCAUGCCUUUGUAAACACAGCUGUGCAUGUAGUCAUGUAUUCCUACUAUGGACUCAGUGCGUUGGGACCAGCCUACCAAAAGUAUCUGUGGUGGAAAAAACACUUGACAUCAUUACAGCUUGUCCAGUUUGUUAUUGUCACCAUCCACAUAGGUCAGUUCUUUUUCAUGGAGGAUUGCAACUACCAAUUUCCAGUCUUUCUGUAUGUCAUUAUGUCCUAUGGGUGCAUCUUCCUGCUGCUCUUUCUCCAUUUUUGGUACCGUGCUUACACCAAAGGCCAGAGGCUGCCCAAAAAUAUGAAAAAUGAAAGCUGCAAGAACAAACAGCACUGAAGGGACGAGCACGACACGAGACUGUGAUUGAGCCUGAGACCUUGUCUUCCGUGACAAUCAAGAGAGAUUUAACUAUGCAGUGCAUUUUGUAUAUUUUUCAAAACAAAGAGCUUGUAUUUUUAUGAUAAGUUAUUGGAACUUCUCAUAUCUGACAGCUCAAAAGCUCCCAAAUGGUCUUCUGAUCAUUGGAGCCUAAACUAAGCAAGAGUUUCCCAGCCACUUUUAAAGCUAAUCAUAAAGGUCUGGUCGAAUACCGUUUGUCAAAAUGAAAGGAGGAUGUGAUGUGCUACAGCAUUCUUCAAAGAAGUCCGGUAGAGAUGAAAAAUAUCAUGAGAUAUUUUGAACCCGGGGCAGAAACCCAUGCACUACAGCAGAUUCCUUCUGCCAGAUGUAAAAACCUCUAACCGUGGGCUCUUGCUUUGUCCCCAUUGACAUGUCUAACUCUGGAGUCCAGUGCCCAGUCUAAAGAGCUAACCCAAGGAAGAACUAAGUGAAUUUUUGAUGGACUGUCAUUUAAAAUCAUUGAUGAUUAUGUGUAAUGGAUCUUUUGAGACUGUGCCACCGGUUUUGCUGCGAAGACUUCCUCACAGCACCUGUUACUCUACCAACUCUUUCAAAGUAACAGUCUUUUUGGUUGGUUGGUACACUGAUGUUCUUGACUCUAAAGUGGAGCUCAUAUUAUUUGGGAAACGAGGUGAUUUGUUUUGAUGGGUUAAUGAAUAGUUUGCUAUUGCUAUUUUACAAUUAACUUUGAAUAUCUCUGUGAAGAGUUGUAUUUGUCAAUAAAAAAAUAUUUCAGUGGGAAAAAUCUGUUGUUUGUUGCAAUACCACUUUCUCUUGUUGUCAUGGUUUAAAGGAUUGUCUUGGCUAAAUAUAUAUAUAUAUAUAUACACAUGUAUGUAU